AUGACCCGCACGGGGAAAUGCGAUACUUGUAGGCUGCGCAAGGUCAAGUGCGAUGAGCAAAAGCCGAAAUGCAGCGCGUGCCAGAAGCGGGACAGGCCAUGCGCGUAUUCGUAUGGAAAAGUAUCCGCUCUCGUGGUCGAGGAUCCAAACCUGCUGUCGAAGCACGGAAAGCCGAAAGUCGCUCCUCUCGUCUAUCCCUUGAUUUCAUACAGCGAUUCCAGCUCCGCAUCUUCGCCCUCGUCAGACCUUCGAGUGACAGCCGAGAGGGCAGCAGACGAAGGCCAAGGCGUCUUCAAAACAUUUACUCCCGCUUCAAAGGAGAGACAGUUGCGCGUUCGAAAACCCACGGCGCAGCAGAGGAGGAAACUGCACGCAUAUUUGACUCAGCUCAGAGCAGCUUCGACCUUGCAGUCGCGGCUCUCGUCGUCGGAAAGCGUCCUCAUAACUCGCUAUAUGGGCUUGCUUGGUUCUCUGCCUCUGAAUGAGAAACCGCUCAUGAUAUUGGGUUCAUGGAUCUUGUCCAUACCAUCUCGUAUUGGAGCUAAUCCCGUUGUCGACCUGGCCGUGGAAUACCUCGUGGACCAAUUUGCCGUCUACCGGGACGACAAUUUCUCAAACAGGAGGCUAGCUCUGGCUUCGAAAGCAAAAGCCUUGGAGGAAUUGCAACUGGCGACAAGCGACGAUAAAUCCUGGAGGACUUACGAUACGGUUCUUGCGAUGAAGUUACACUAUUCAGCCGAGGUCUUGGUAGGUAUGAGGAGUCUACGCCACGUCAUACAUGGUGCCGCACUCGCGGAGAUACUGAAGUUGGGACCCGUAGCCGGAUUAGAUGAGGAACACUAUUGGGGUUUUCUUGAUAAUACAUACAUUGACGACGUUGUCGAGGCAAUGGUCUCAGGCCGCACGUCAGUGUACGACAACGAUUUCUAUCUGUCUAUGACAUAUCCUCCUUCUCCGCCUACUUGUACCGAAUUGGACAACCUCGCCUUGCGCUUUUCGGUUGCAAUGAUGCAUAUAUUGAUCCAGGUGCCCCGGCUUGUUUGCAUUGUUCGGCAUUGCAUCAAUAACCCAGCCAACGCAAGGGUUCUGGCACUGGCCGUCACUUUAUCAGAGUCACUGUGGCACGCGGUUCCGGUCAACCUCAUGCACCAAUUAUUACGCAAGUCCACUACGGUAGUUGAAAUCCCGCCAUCGCCCGAUAUAAGCGACAUAAUUUCGGACUCGUUCCACUUCGACUCAAUAGAGAGCAUGACUCUUGUCUCGCGGUUUUGGAUGCUGCAGCAUUACCUCUGCGGGCUGAUACAAUCCAUCUACCAACACUUUCCGAUCCUGGCGACCGACUCUCUACUUCCAGAUCUGGCCACGUUAUAUGCUAUCGACAUUGAUGCUGCGAUCAACCAAGCGCGCUGUGUCCAAUACGCUCUUAACCUCUGCCCGUCCUUUCCCCUCGUCCCUUUACGCGUCCAUGUCCCGCUGGAAGUAGCGAUCGGAGCCUGGCACAGGCUCAGUCAGCGUCUGAGUCGGGCACCAAAAGCCCUCGGCAGCAGUUCUGUAUCACCCGCCGGUCUUAACGGAUUAGAAGAAAUCCUGAAAGCUCAGAGGAUGGAGGAUUGGAUCGUUGAAACCAUCAGCUGCAUACACGACCAAUGGGAUGUCCACCCGAUGACGAAUCAGUUCCUGAAGAAGUUUAUGCAAGAAUCCGUCGAGGCUAUGUGUGGUGGGCCAAUUCCUGAUUGGCUACCCCUUCGCGUGAGCUUCACCUGCGAGGAAGGAGAUAUGGUGAUGAAGCUAGAAUAUGACUUGCCGGGCCCAAUGAUCGAAAAAAUGUAUGGGAAGCCGGAGGAGUCAUGGACACGGAGCACUACUACUUCUUUGCCUUUUCCGGUGUCUGACUCACAAGACAGCGUUCCAACGGAAAGCUUUCCAAGCGAGUGA